CUGCUCCCAGGCUCCUCCCUCUCGGUCGGAUCUUUAGGGUUUGAGUCACUUUAACAACAGACGGACCAAAGUCAGGGUUUGCAAGGCAGGGAGAGAGAAAUCCAGCCAACCGCGGAGAGGUUUUUCUCUCCCGCUCCUUUGCACGCGUGUGCGUAAAAGCUCCGAGUCUGGUGGGAUACAGCCAGCGAGGAGCCAGAGAGGAGGAAGUUGGAAGGAGGGACCAGAGGAGCAGUGGCGUGGUGCUGCCUGAGAGCAGGGAGAGAGGAGCAGAGCUCAGACGCUUCCAGCUCUCCUAUAUCCACAGAUCUCUUCAGCUCAUUACGCGUUGUUUCCCCCAAAACGCAGGAAUGCGCGUAAAGGGACGCACGACUCCUGCGUUGCUGCCGCGUACCAGCGAGUCACACAUGAGUUUUUAAACACGCGGUGGUUUUAACAGGGUGAAAUCACCUUUGCUGUCAAUGUCAGCACAGGUAGUGAAAGAGGAUCCCGGAAGAACACGUCGUGCAGGUUACUAGUUUGUUUGAAUAGCCUGCGCUUUUUCUCCAAAGCGAUCGGGCGCUGAUGGACUUGUUGCCUUAUUCCAAAAGUAGCUGUUACCUUUUCUAGUUUUAGAUUAUUUAUUUUUUGUAACUAAGCGGAGGGAAGAUGAAGGAGCUGAAGAAGAAGAAGCUGUACGUGGUGGUGGACGUGCUCUGCGUUUUAGUUGCGGCACUGCCCUUCAUCAUUAUGACCAUUGUGUUCAAGCCAUAUGAAAGGGGCGUCUACUGUGAUGAUGAGAGCAUCAUGUACCCAUUAAAACCAGACACCAUCACCCACGGCAUGCUGGCGGCCGUCACCAUCUCCUGCACGGUCAUCAUUAUCUCCUCUGGAGAGGCGUACCUGGUUUACAGCAAGAGGAUUUACUCUAACUCAGACUUCAACCAGUACGUAGCCGCGCUCUACAAGGUGGUGGGCACCUUCUUGUUUGGGGCAGCCGUCAGCCAGUCGCUGACCGACCUCGCCAAGUUCACCAUCGGCCGUCCGAGGCCUAACUUCAUGGCUGUGUGUGCUCCCAAGGCCUGCACGGGAUACAUGGCUGUGAUCAACUGCACAGGCAAACCGCAGGACGUCACGGAGUCAAGAUUGUCCUUCUACUCUGGUCACUCCUCUUUCGGGAUGUACUGUAUGCUCUUCCUUGCACUUUACGUGCAGGCCAGACUGGUGGCUAAGUGGGCUAGACUCCUCCGGCCCACAAUCCAGUUCUUCCUGGUAGCCUUUGCGGUGUAUGUGGGCUACACCCGAGUCUCUGAUUACAAGCACCACUGGAGCGACGUGCUGGUGGGGAUGCUGCAGGGAGCGCUGAUCGCUGUGCUCAACGUGCGCUUCGUGUCAGACUUCUUCAAGAAGCGUCCUGCACGUUGCACGAGGCAAGACACCACCGACAGCGAGGAGCCGGAGAGGAAACCCAGCCUGCAGAUCGUAGACUCUGAAAACACCAACAAUUACAACUACCCACACAAUCCUGGCCCUGUGUGAUAGUGGGGGGCUGACGCUGGGGGGAAAGAAAGGCUGCAGCCUGCAGAUCCGAAACCCGUGUGAUGGGGGUCCAACCCAGGGGUCUUCAACCGCCAUUGACUCUUUGCUGGAUGAGAAGUUCUAUGACUAUGAUUUGUUAAAUCUUGGCUACAUGUGUUCCGGUCUUCAACCAGACCUUUGUAUCUCUGUUUGAAAGGAGUAAAGCUCGGGAUCUGGUCUGUAGCUUGCAGCCUUCAAGCCCCCAGCUCUCACCCUCUCCCUCUCUCUCCAUACGUAUCAACCACUCACACCCCCACCUGCUCCCCAACCACUGGACUGACUGAGGGGGCUGCGUCCCAUCACCAGGGCAAUGACGUCCUGCUCUCCUGUAAGAGAGAGAAGGAGCAUAUUGUUUGUAAGACAUCAUUGUGGAUGUUCAAGUGUAUUCGCUUCAAGCUGCAUUAAGGGAAAAGAAAAAACUCCAAACACACACAGCAACAAAGCUAUGGUAUAUAGUUGCCUAAUGAAGUGCUUGUGAAACCUAGACGUGCCAAUUACAGCCCUUUUCUGGCCAUCGGAUGAAUGUAAGGCAGAUUUUGUGCUUAUACAUGUAUCGGCCCAACAACUUCCUCUCCUUAGCCAUGUUGCAGGGAGUGCAGCUGCCGACAGCUUUCUAUAAAGUGUCGAUUAGAGCAGUUUGAAUCUGGAAGUGCCCUGGGACACCGUGGGAUUGGCUGUGGCAACUCAUUUUUUACACUAUUAUCAAAUAUAUCGUUUAAUGGAGCUCUAAUGUGUUUUGUAUGUAUGUUUUUAAUUUUCAUUUGGUUUUGUUUUUUCGAGCACCUUACGCUGGUCACUCGCCUGUAAGCAAAUUGUUGACAACAGCUCACAUUGGAUGAGCUCAUUCUCUCAAUAUACCGAGGCUCGCAGACAGAGCAGCUGCAGGCCAUCCCAGCGCUGCUUUGACACCAGGGGUAUAUCAAUCCAACCAACAUGGCAGGCUAUAAGCAUCACCUGGAGAUAAAUCCAUAGAUCUGAAAUAAGAGGACAAUAGGUUCCUGCCAGCUGUUUUAAGUGCCACACAAACAGAUCUGUUGUAAAGCAUUAGCUCUGUUUCAAUUCACGGGCUGAAUCCUUAGGAGGCUGCAUUUGAAGGCUGAUUCCAUCACAGCGUAACUUUACGAGGGGCUACUUCAAAUAUGGCCGACUAAUGUUUCCUUCUAUCCUCCAGAAAGGAGUAUCACGAUCAAGGUAUUGAAUCGUGGUAACAAGCUCCCGCCAACACAAGCAUUCGACCAAUCGGGAGUCAGUCCAUGUCAAUCAUUGUUUUUAUUGCAUCAAAUAAAACCAAACUUUCAGGUUAACUGGACACUUGCACUAACCAGUGUGAAAAGAACCAACUUAAAAGUAAUGCAAAACAUCUUUGAAACUAUUUAUUGGCAUGUACAGUUCUUACACCUUUUAGUUUGGUCCAUGUCCCAUUGGCUAUAGCGGAGGAGGCAGGAUUAAUGACCUAUAGCGUAGUCAGCCACCAGGGGGUGAUCAAGAUGCUCUGGCUUCACUUUUUGGAGGCUGUUAAUUACUAUGACAAAAUUGCCUACGUAGAUUUGUCACUCUUACUGAUGUGUUGUUUAGAUCAGGUCAGUCUUUAACAGUAGACCCUGUGCAGACUGGCUCAAAUUCACCUUUAACAGUAGGGAUGCUUUUCUAAAAUGUGCAAAUUGAAAUGUGGCGUGAUUGAUUGAUAUUAUAUUUCCCCUGUGUGUUAUGGACUGCAGAGGUAGGAACCAUUGAUGCAGAAGUCCUGAUGAACUUAAUGCAUCAUACCACUACGACUAUACUGCCAAUCACAUGUUGACAAAUCUGGCCUCCUUUUCCGCUCUCUGUCUUGUGUUUUUAUAUAAUUUCUCAAAUAGUAGUAAUCAAAGAAGGAUGAGACGACCGUUUUGAAAAUGGUGUUUAAUUUAUUUUAAAUACAAGAAGCUUCUCUAUUAACUUUAAUAAGGUUGGAAUUGCCAGCGUUGUUAAGGUUUUUUGUGCAAUCACCCUUGCUUGCCACUAUGAGCCAGAAAUAAUGUACUUUCUACUAAUUCUAUGAGACAUGUUUCAUGUUCUGUGAAGGAUGUGUAUAUACGCUUGUAUGUUUUUAUAAGCAGAUUUAAAAUUCACCUGUACAGUGUGCUUGUUUUGGCCUAUGCCUUCACAGACUGGUCCUUAUUGGAGCUACCACACAAAUGGAUCCGAUUCCAGGUCAAAACGUGAGCCAGAUGCCUUGGCAGGGCUUUCAAAAUGCUGUUGUAAUGAUAAUGGGUUACAUACCCAACUGUGUUUCUGAAGCGAGUAACACAGCUCCAUUCCCACUUCAAAGAACCGUCUACGUUCCGUUUCCCCUUCCUGUGUUGAUAGAUGGAGUUAAAAUCGUGAGCUAGGUCUCCUCUGCAGUCGGAGGAACGACGACAGAUCACUCGGACCUCACAAUUGAUGGAGGGAAGAGAAAAGGAAGACAGAGGGAGAUGGAGACCUCCACCUGAUAGUGAUUGUGAGGCCCUGACGGUGAGCUAGGUCUAGGAGGAGGUGGGGUACUUCCAGGGGUGUGGGGUAACCUACGGUAAACCUUGGGUCCCUUGGGACGACUACACAUUUGAAACAGAGUUUACAACGAGAAACAGCUGGAACUGGUUGUGGUGAACCCCCCCCCCCCACACACACACACACACACAGACUAAUAGCACAAAUGAGGACAAGGAUGUAAGAACGUCAUGGCAUUUGAUUUCCCACUCUCGAAGCCCAGGUUCUCCACUGGUCACGUGGCUCCAUGUGCGUUUUAUGUUUUACUGGAUCGGUGUUUCAGAAUUGCAACCAGAUGACCAAUCUUUUAUGUGUCGACUUGUAACUAUGGUUCAUGUUGUUCUUUUGUGUAUAGAUUAUAUCUACAGUCUUUAAAUCAGAGAAUUUUAAAUAAAGAUAUAAUCCACA